CAAAGGUAACGAAACGGCGAGGAGAAGAGAAGAGUGACUAAUGAAACCAAAUGGCAUGUGAAAUAUAUUCAUUUCUCGAGCUACCCUCUGAUGAGGCCCAAGCUCUGACAUUAGUUCGAAAACCUUUAAAAUCAUCAGAAUAAAGGUCAACAUCGACACUUCAAUUGAAUCCUGUUUGUUUUACUUCAAAUCCAAUACGGAUAGUCAGAGAAAAUUAUUUUUUAAACUGGCAACUUUUCAAACACGACUUGUCGCUUUCGGCUCCCAUCCAAUUGUCUUUAAUGCCGCCGCAAGAUAGAAGCAGUGCGUUGCCAUGGACACUUCCGCCGUAAAACCACCAUCGAAGAAGAAAAAGCCGGAAGUUGGCGUGGCCUCGACUCCGAGACGCCGCAAAGACGUCGCGCCGCGAAAGCCACAAGGACAAUGGCGUCGUACGAGGAGAACGAAAACAAGUGGAAGCAGAAGGCAAGAAUCACAUCUUCUACAUCCAAGACCUCGCUCCAGUGCUGAACAAGGAUAUCAGCUUUGUGUUCCACUAAACUGGCCCAGGUUUCACAUUGAGUGAGUAUAUAUAAAACAUUCAGCAGCUGAUUAGUCAUCAGAAAACUUGCCCCUCAAUCGCAUGAGGGGAGCUCCAUCUUGGAACACGACGAUCCACUGCCCCCUCACAUAGAGAGGAACAGAAGCAGCCACAGCCUCCCCACGUAACAGAGGAAGAGGAGGAUCCUCAGCUCUCCCCGUUGAAAGAGGAAGAGGAGGUUUUUGAUGUCAGCAAGUUGCCACCGACUGGUGUCUCCAUGAAGAGUGAAGACAAUGAAGACGAACCACCCAAGCGGUCACAGUUUAAUCAGCAAGGUCCGAGCAGAGACCGCUGUAGAGGACCGCUACCAGACAACCGCUUGGGUCCACUGUCACACAGCGACGACAAGGAAGAACCUUUAAUGAGGAACAAAGACUCUAAAGGUGACAACGAACCGCUCAAAAGCUCAGAAAAGGACAAAAAUCUUUGCAAUAAUGAAACGUCGGCAACACGAAAAAGUUUUUUUACCUGCUCAGUUUGUGGUAAGCAUUUUACUGAGAAAGCAUAUAUUAGACACAUGAGAACCCAUAGGGAUGAAAAUUGCUUUCGUUGCUCAUGGUGUGCUAAAAUAUUCUGUCACAAGUCAUCCGUGGUACCACACAUGAGAACACACACAGGAGAAAAACCCUUCUGUUGCCCAAGUUGUGGGAAAAGAUUUACUCUAAAGUCAAACAUGGUAAAACACAUGCGAACGCACACAGGAGAAAAACCCUUUAGUUGCUCAACUUGUGGUAAAACAUUCUCUCGAAAGUCAAACAUGGUGAAACACAUGAGGACACACACAGGAGAAAAACCCUUUAGUUGCUCCAUCUGUGGUGUAAGAUUCACUGUAAAGAAAACCAUGGCAGAACACAUGAAAACACACACAGGGGAAAAACCCUUUUGUUGUUCAAUUUGUGGUAAAACAUUCUCUCAAAAAAGACAUCUGGUAAAACACAUGAUAACACACACAGGAGAAAAACGCUUCAGUUGCUCGACGUGUGGUAGAACCUUCUCCAGAAAGGACAAAAUGGAAACUCACUUGAAAACGCACACAGGAGAAAAACCCUUUAGUUGCUCAACUUGUGGUAAGACUUACUCCAGAAAAGACUAUUUGGAAACACACAUGCGAACACACACAGGAAAAAAACCGUUUUGUUGCUCAAUUUGUGGUAAAAGCUAUGCUCAAAGAGCCAGUUUGACUGCACACUUUCGGACACAUCAAAACUGAGAAUAAAUGAUCUACAGUAUUCCCCCGCAAUACCGCGGCAUCCGAAUCAGACCACAUAUUGUUUUUAUAGAAUUUUAUCCUACGAAAGAGCUAUAAAUAUUCUGCGUGGCUGUGUAAUACACCACAAGUCAUUGUUGUCAUAGUCAUCAUACUGCACAGUUAAAGGACCUCUCUAACGCUGUGAACAUUGGCACCUAACUAACUGUAAUCCAUAGUUCUGGACUUAAAAAAAAAAAUCCCCUGCAAAGAGACUGAGUAGUAAUUUUAGGCUUGUGUUCUGAAGACAAAUUCAAUUUUCAGUUGACUUUAGGCAAGCCCACAUUUGACGUCGGGGCGGAAGGCGAGCACAUUUCCUUAUAGAAGUAGUACGUGUUCUGGGGCGUAAUUGCUGCCUAUCUUGAAAGUCUGCAUGUUGUUUUAGACAAUUACGACUCAGAAUAUUGAGGUUGUAUACAUUAGGUAGGCUGGUUCUGUUAAAAUCGAUCGCUGAAUGCUUCGUUUCAGAUGGAAGGCACCCACGAGUUAAGUGCGUGCAUAUUAAUUUCCACCUAUAUAAAUGGAUUUUGUCAGCUCAUCAUGAUGAUGAAGAUGAUGCUACACUGCUCCUGCAGAGUGAGAGGAGAUGUGUUACGACUUUUCAGACAGCUGAGUAUUCAAGAGAAUUAUUCGAUUUGUUCUCACUCUAUUUUCAACACUUUAAACUGCCAGGUAAUGAGUAGAUAUAAUAUAUAAUAUAUCAGACGACGGAGGGAAAGACUAAUAGUAACGAUUUGUGAAAAGAUGUGAAAUUGAACAUUUUUGUAUAUACGAGGUUUCCACCUGACAGCAACGAUGCAUAUGCCACCUGGUCAUAUACCUCAAUGUUUAAUUGUUUCCACUUGUGGCAUAAAUUGACUCGUUUUUGUAAGGUAAAAUUUGUGAAUUGUUCGGUCGAGACCUGGAUGUUGCCAGCCAACUUUCAGGCGAACACGCAAUUGGUAUUUUGUGCGACACAAACUCACAGAGACAUUCCUUUGUGAUUGAAUGUAGUUUUACAUACUAUGGGAGUCACUACAGCAGGGGCGUCGCUAGGUUUUGAUGUUUGGGGUGGCCCAGCCCCUCCCAUAGAUUCGCGGGGCAUUUUGUUUUGGUUUUAGGGGGGCUAGGAAUAUAAACCUUGGCCAUGAACACAUACUGACAGAUAUUUGAGGCUUGACAAGUUUUUAGGGGGGCUUCGGCCCCCAUAAAAUAGGCCUAGCAAUGCCGCUGCACUACAAGAUACAUGCAUACCACACUACUGGAAGUGGUUAGAUAAAAAGCAAUAAGACUGUGUGACUUUACGAGAAUACACUCUGGUGACGUGGGUAAUACAUUCGGAUAAGCUGUAGUACAGAUUGUAUGUAGUCGUUGAUCACAAUAGCCAUAUCCGCCAUUGACGUGGACCAUUGUGUGGAUAAAUGAUUGCUUUUGCAACGUAUAAACGGGCCUUAUGUCUUUGACCACGUUCGGCCCUUUUGUUGCUCACCAAGCACUUAUUCUGGUGUUUCUUGACUACAUGUCAUUACAUUAGCUUGGCUUCCGGUCCUCAUUUAGUGAUAACAAUACUUGCCAGGAUUGCUGCUUAUUUGUGGCCAUGGAGGUGAGGAUGACUAACUGCACUGUGCAAUGACGGCGUUUAGCUGCACUAGCUAUGCAGCUGCAGCUUGUUGGUAGCUGGUGUGGGACAAGAUAGCGCCGAACAUUCCCACGGUCAUCCCUGAGCAGCGGAGAAGGGAAGGAGGGUUGAUUGCUGUUCGACUUGGACACACUUUUUUUAAACAUGUUCGGAGCUGGUUAAAUCAAACAUUGCUCGGCAGCUCCUGCUCCGUGGUCAGAUGUACUUGAGGUCAUUUUACACUAAGGAAGAUACGACAAUGUUGUCAACAAGCGUACUCAUUAAGACUGCAACUAAUGAUUAUUUUAAUAAUCGAUUAAUUGGUCGGCGGCACAUUGGUCGACUGGUUAGCACAUCUGCCUCACACUUCUGAGGACCCUGAUUCAAAUCUGGCCUCCCCUGUGUGGAGUUUGCAUGUUCUCCCUGUCCUUGUGUGGGUUUUCUCCUCCCAUAUCACAAAAACAUGCUUGUUAGGUUCAUUGAAGACUCGAAAUUGCCUGUCGGUGUGAACAUGAGUGCGAAUGAUUGUUUGUCUGUAUGUACCCUGCAAUCGGCUGGCGACCAGUUCCGGGUGUAGCCCACCUCUUGCCCAGUGGCAGCCGGGAUAGGCUCCAGCAGGCCUGCGACGCGAGUGAGGAUAAAUGGUACGGCAAAUGAAUGGAUGUUUUGUUUGGAGGCUGGUUUCACCACAGCAAUUAACAUCACAAUGUGCAAGAUUUUGUAGUUUCAGCCACAAAGUACUCAAAUUCUAUUUGAAAAUGAUGUUACAAUUCAAAAUACAAUCAAAAGACAUUGAUUACUCUUAGACCCGGAAGCUCUGGCUUUGAGUGUAAAACACUUUCGAUAGUUCCAAGCAGCAAUUCGAUGAGGCGUCUUCACUUAGCGUCCACUUUUCCACAUCCAAUAUGGCGGCGGCGUCGACGCAUGGGCUGAAAAUUGCCGUCAAGGCUGCUGCCGUCGUAAAACCACCAUCGAAGAACAAGGCGGGAGUGGACAUCGAGAAGUGUACGUGCAGGCUUUGAAAUAUAGGCGGCACGGUGGCCGACUGGUUAGAGCGUCAGCCUCACAGUUCUGAGGACCCGGUUCAAUCUUUAUUAAUUUAUACAAUUAUUUAUCUACUCAUUUAUUCAAUUAUUUCUUUUUUAUUCUAACCGUGUAUCUGUUUUAUUGUAUCUCAUUGUCCUGCUGUUUUUUUCCUGUGCUAUUGUCUCAGUCUUUUUUAAGUUUUUUAAGUAAGGGAGGUGUGUUCCGUCUGCCUGUGGGGAGUCCCCCCCGGUCUAUCCUGGUAGUGGUGGUCAGACUAAUAAUCACAUUUUAUUUAUAUUGCACUUUUCAUACAUGAAAACUGCAACCCAAAGUUCUUCACAGAGAUAAAAGCAGACACACCCAUACGAACACACGCACAGAAACAGAACACCUGUUGACUAAUAGUAUAGAGACAUGGCAAGGCACUGGGGAUUCUGGGUGAAGAACGACAACCUGAGGAAGCCAUCCACACCAAGAGGUGCCGCAGCCACAGAGGAUCCCGCCAGAGACCACC